AUGUCCGAAAACAAACCCGACACAGUGCCCGGCAUGGGCUUCAAAGAUAAGGACAAAGCUUUGGAAACUUUGAGAAUCUUGGAAGGAAGAGACGCGGAUUACCAAAGGCUUUCUGUUAAAGGUUUGGUGGGUAGAGCAAAAAGGACUUUGACUCUAACAAAAGACAAAGAGAAACUACAGAACAUCAACGAUGCCAUCAAAGUGUUCGAAGACUUCCUCCGCGACUACGAAAUCAACAAUUUAUCCAAGGAGAACCGAGCCUACCUGCCCGUGGCCUCCAUCGAGGCCCUGCUGCCUCUCAAAGCCAAGCACGAGCUGAGCGACGAGCUGCAGGAAGCCUUCUUCAAAGCCUACAAGAAAACGGCCAAGGGGGACUACAAAAGCCUGCGGACGGUGUCCAGCGCGGAGGGCAAGCCCACGUGGGAUAUCGUCAGAAACGCGGAGCUGAAGAAGCUCUUGAAAGCCAUGGAGGAAUCUCGCCCGGACCUGUGGGAGGACGACUUGCCCACGAAGGAGCACUUGGAACUCAUACUGUGGGCUUACAGUCCCGACGCGAGCAAGAUAAAGAAGAACGCGGACGUUUACGCGAAAAAAUUGGGUUCGAAAGCGGCGGAAGAAGAAGAAGACGAAGAAGAGGAGGAGGAGGUUGAGGAAAAGAAAACCGACAAAAGUAGCAAAAGGAAGUCUGAUGGAGAAAAAGGAGCUGAAGAGUCGCCCGAGAAGAAACGAAAGAGUAACAAUUAA